GGAGGGAUCCGGGGCAUGGCAGGACCCCUGCGGGGCCGGGUGGAGGAACUGAAGAGGCCGUGGUGGAGGGAGAGUUCACCUCUGGUGCUGCAGCACAGUGAAGCGGCUCGGCUGGCAGCCGAUGCCCUCCUGGAGCGGGGUGAGGCUGCCUACCUGCAGGUCAUCUCUGAAGAGCGGGAGCUGCCCUUCCUGAGUGCCCUGGAUGUGGACUACAUGAUCAGCCAUGUGCGUGGGGGCCCUGAGCUCAGUGAGGCCCAGGGGUCAGAGACUUUAGGACCUGAUGGCCUCAGCCUGCUCUCUGAAGUUACCUCAGGCACCUACUUCCCCAUGGCCUCUGACUUAGAUCCCCCAGACCUGGACCUGGGCUGGCCUGAGGUUCCACAGGCCACAGGCUUCAGCCCCACCCAGGCAGUGGUACACUUCCAGAGGGACAAGGUUAAGAAUAUCAAGGACUUGCUUCGUUUCCUCUUCAGCCAGGCCCGUACGGUGGUGGCUGUGGUGAUGGAUGUAUUCACUGACAUGGAGCUCCUGUGUGACCUCAUGGAGGCCUCAAGCCGACGUGGUGUUCCUGUCUACCUCCUCUUGGCCCAGGAGCACCUGAAGCACUUUCUGGAGAUGUGUUAUAAGAUGGAACUCAACGGGGGGCACCUGCUGAACAUGCGUGUGCGGAGCACAUGUGGAGACACAUACUGCAGCAAGGCAGGUCGCCGCUUCACCGGUCAGGCUCUGGAGAAGUUUGUCAUCAUCGACUGUGAGCAGGUGGUGGCGGGCAGCUACAGCUUCACCUGGCUUUGCAGCCAGGCCCACACGAGCAUGGUACUGCAGCUGAGGGGCCAUAUUGUAGAAGAUUUUGAUCGGGAGUUCCGCUGUCUGUAUGCUGAAUCACAGCCUGUGGAAGGCUUCUGUGGCAAUGAGGAUCCACUGUCUCCUCGGGUACCAUGUCCUCCCCCAAUGACCCUGGCCUUUGGGCCUGGUAUCCCAAGUGCUACAUGCUCCUCACCCUCCAGUAACAGCCUCAGCAGCAUUAAGCGCUCACCUGUUCUGGGCCGCUCUUCCUACCUUGCUCUACCAGGAGGCGGUGGCUGCAGUGACACGGGUAUGGGGUCCUCAUCGCCAAGUCUUGCCCGGUGUGAAACUGGUGGUCAGCCUUCCCUGCACCGUCAGCUUUCAGAUCCUAACCAUGGCUCCCGUCCUAGUCCCUACAGGGCCAACCUGAGCAAGCUGGGAGCAUCUCUAUGGUCUCAGUCAUCCCCUGCCCUCAACCAGAGUGGUGCUAAUCCCUUGACCCUGGCAGUGGGGUCACCUCUGCUCCCAUGCUCCCGCCCCCUCCUCCACUUUACCCGGGGGAUCCCAGCUCUGUCCCGGCUCCCAGAGAAUGGGCUUCCUGGAAGCCAGGAGCCCAGCCUCCCACGAGGUCGCUGGAUACCUGGCACAGCCCUGGAGACAGUGGAAGAGAAGAAGGCAUCUCUGAGUCAAAGCCACUAUCAAUUGGACCGGCUUGUCCUCUUCCCUAAGGCAGGUGAAUCAGGAGGCCCAGACUCUGGGGUUACCCCCAACACAGGUUCCCUUCAGUGUGGUCAGCAGGUCCUAGAUGACAGGAGGCUGUCCCUGAGCCAGAGCUACAGCCAGCUGGAUCUCCUGUCCAGGGGCCAGGAUGCCCCUGAGUCAGGUUCCCUCAGACCUGGUGAUCUGGGUCUAGAAGACAGGAGGCUGUCUUUAAACCAUAGCCAUAGCCAACUGGACCUUCUCGCACAAAACCCCAAAGCCCAGGGCUCUAAAAUGCUACCUGAAUCCAACUCCUCUGCUAGGCCUGGCAAGCAGGGUCUAGAUGAAUGGCAGCAGACCCUAGGCCACAGUCAGCUGGACCUCAUCACCAAGUAUGGCCCAUUCCGGAGUGAGGGGCCUGGAACCAAUGGUCUCCCAGGACCAAGCCCAGUUCGCAUGGCUGGAGUGGGCUCUGCAGAUGAGAAGCGGCUGACUCUGGGCCAUGCCUCUUGUUGGGAUAUAGUUAUAAUUAUUUCUCCUCUUUUAUAA